AUGAGCCGGACUCGCGCUCUGUGCGCAUUCAGUACAGCUAUACCGCCUCCUUCGCCACGCGUCGUUAUCUCGUCCCUGGUCCAUCAUUCGAGACAUGUUAGCACAACACAGAAUGCAAAGGCAUCCGCUAUAGGAUUGGGCUCUACGCCUGAGCCUACCACCACAGCUUCCAUUCUACAGUCCACCUUCCCUUCAUCAACGACACAUCCACCCCCGCCGCCUUCAUCGACAGCUACAUCAACAAUAGUACCUACACCUAGACCGCCGACCAAGUCGCCGCUCGCAAAACUCCCCCUCUCUGCCAUUAUAAGAUCAGCAUUGAUUCUCUCCAUCUCAUCAUCACCAUUACUACUAAAACCUUGCAUAUGGGCUCUCUCAGCUCUCGCAAGCCCCAAAAUCGCUCUUACCGAUGUCGACCGCAACCCUAUACUGAACUGGUUGGUCAAGACUACCAUUUACAAACAGUUCAAUGCCGGAGAGAACAAGGACGAGGUACAACGGUCCAUCGUGGAGACGAAAGCUCUAGGUUGUCGCGGUGUGCUAUUGGGUUAUGCUCGUGAGGUUUUAGUGGCGGAUAGCGAGACUAGUCCACAUGAUGAGACCUUGGCACGACAGGAAGUGGAUGCAUGGUUGAAGGGCACAUUACAGGGUGUCGAUAUGGCAACUGCGGGUGACUUUGUUGCUUUGAAGCUUACUGGAAUGGGAACUCAAGCUGUACACCUGUUGAAGAACCGUCUACCACCUUCGGAAUAUAUGGGUGCUGCUAUUACAAAAGCCUGUGACGCUGCUCUCGCCAAGUCUGCACGUCUAUUGGUCGAUGCAGAGGAGCAAGCCGUGCAGCCUGGCAUUGAAGACUGGGUCAUGAAGUAUCAGAAAUACUGUAACUCUCAAUCACCCGGCUAUGCAACCAUGUACUGCACCUACCAAGCAUAUUUGAAAUCCACGCCGGCCACCAUCGCAAAGCAUCUCGCCAUGGCUGAGAAGGACGGAUAUACUCUUGGCGUGAAACUUGUUCGCGGCGCAUACAUGAAAAUCGAGUCCAGGAAUAUUAUUUGGGAUACUAAAGAAGAAACUGACGCUUGCUACGAUGGUGUUGUUGAAGCGCUUCUGACUCGUCGCUACAAUUUCAUGCUCCGUCCUGCACCGGAAAGCCAGUCCAGAGACCAGGUGCCAUCCGUCAACAUGAUCAUUGCCACUCACAACCGCGACUCUGUGCUGAAAGCACAUCAGAUUCGUCUUCGACAAGCAGAGAACAACGACCCUAGAGUUGAACUUGCGUAUGCCCAACUUCAGGGUAUGGCAGAUGAGAUCAGCUGUGAGUUGAUCAGUGGUUUCUCUACUAGUACAGAGAAAACCUCUUUUAUAGAGCAGCCGAAUGUUUAUAAGCUGCUUACCUGGGGUUCGGUGCAGGAAUGUAUGGGAUUCUUGUACAGAAGGGCACUUGAGAAUACGGAAGCAGUGACUCGGACGAAGGAUUCGAGGUCGGCUAUGUAUGCGGAAUUGUGGAGGAGAAUCACGCGGCAAGCUUAA